CUCUCUCUCUCUCUCUCUCGCUCUCUCCUUUCUUCUCUUGCCCCCUGUGUUCCUCUGGGAGCUAUUUAAUCAGUUACAGGGAUGUGUGUGUGUGUGUUUCUCUGCCUCUACGAACUGACUGACUGACUGUGCUACGUUACCUCACAGGGCACAUAAUCUCUCUCUCUUUCUGUCCCCCUCUAGCUUCCCCUUUCUUUGUCUCUCUCUCACUCCCUACUCUCUCACUCUCCCUCUCUCACGCUCCCUCUCCCUCUCUUAUGCUCCCUCUCUCACGCUCCCUCUCUCACGCUCCCUCUCUCCCUCCCUCUCUCUGUCUCUUUCUCUCGGCUGAAUGGAGAAGGCAGAAUUUGUAGGUUCAUUGCCGGGGCCUGGCCUGGUUGCUGGGGAUGUAGUUGCCUUGUCGGAGGUGGUGCGGGGUACAGGCGAGGAGCCGGCGGGGACAGUGGUCAGUUCCAGACUGUUCCGCUGUGUGUGUGUCCGACGCUGGAUACCCCUGGCCUACAGAGAGGAACUCUACCAUGUACUGAGACUCACAGGACCUCUGCUGGUGUCUCGGAUCCUGAACUUCUUGCUCCCGUUUGUCAUCACCAUAUUCUGUGGUCACCUUGGCAACGCAGAGCUGGCGGGAUACGCACUGGGCUCUGCGGUGAUCAAUGUGACCACGACCUCUACGGGCUACGGACUGGCUCUGGCCUGUGAUACACUCGUCUCUCAGACAUUUGGCAGCAGUAACCUGCACCGUGUGGGGGUGAUCCUGCAGAGAGCAGUGUUGAUCCUGCUGCUGCUCUGUCUGCCCUGCUGGGGUCUCCUCAUCAACGCCCAAAACAUCCUACUAGCCAUGAAACAGGAGCAGGAGGUGGCCCGGAUCGCCCAACUUUAUGUGAUGCUUUACCUGCCUGCUGUUCCUGCUAUGUUCCUGCACCAGUUGCAAACAACUUACCUACAGAACCAGGGGAUCAUCCUACCUCAGAUGUACACAGCAGCAGCAGCUAACCUCAUUAACCUGGCUGUGAACUACAUCCUGCUCUUCAGCCUGGAGAUGGGAGUCAUAGGCUCUGCUAUAGCGAACAGCCUGUCUCAGAUCACCAUCAGUCUGCUCCUCUACUUAUAUAUCUGUUGGAGAGGCCUCCACAAGAACACAUGGGCAGGCUGGUCCAGUGAGGCCCUCCAGGAGUGGGGUUCCUACAUGCAGCUGGCCAUCCCCAGUACCCUGAUGGUCUGCUUCGAGUGGUGGGUCUGGGAGAUAGGAGGCUUCCUCGCUGGUAUGCUAGGAGAGGUAGAUCUUGCAGCACAGCAUGUGCUGUUGGAGAUAGGAGCCAUUACCUACAUGUUCCCUCUAGGUGUCCAUGCCGCUGCCUGUGUACGGGUGGGGAACGCUCUGGGAGCAGGAGACACCUCCAGGGCUCUACUCACCUGCAAAGUAGCCCUGAUGCUCUCAGGGGUGCUGGCUGUGUUCCAGGGUAUUGCCAUCGGUAGCUCCAGGCAUGUGUUAGCCUACAUCUUCACCUCAGACCAAGCCAUAGUGGACAACGUGUCAGUGAACCUGGGGCUCUACACCUUCAUACAGUUCUUUGAUGCUCUACUGUGUGUGUGCUCAGGUAUCCUGGUUGGAGCAGGAAAACAGAAGAUAGCUGCGCUGUCUAACCUGGUCUCAUACUAUUGCAUUGGCCUUCCGGUCGGCAUCGCUUUGAUGUUCGCUGCUAAGCUCAGGAUACUAGGUUUGUGGGUAGGUCUCUUCAUCUGCGUCAUCCUCCAGACUGGGUUCUUCAUCGUCAUCAUCUUCAAACUCAACUGGCAGCUUGUCGCCAAGGAGGCCCAGGUGCGUGCUGGGAAGAGUGGGCUGGUAACGUGUGUUCCAGCGAAGCCUCCUAUUGGACAGCCGCUGAUUAAAACUCUGCUUCCAGAAGGUUCUCGAAGCAAUGACAUGGCCCAGCCAGAGAGCGACGAAUCCAAACCACCUGGUUACACGCCAGUCAGCACCCAGGGAGGAGGAGGAAGUGGGGAAGAACAGCAGGAGGGCCCAGGUGUCCAGUCCAAAGGUCUGCUGUCUGCCUCCCAGCUGUUCCUGAGGAGAGGUUUCACGCUGCUGACUGCAUUAUUCCUCCUGGCCACAGGGGUCGCUGUUCACCUGGCUUGUCCCCCUCCUGCACCCUCCAUCCACAGCCUCUCCAACCUCACCCUGGACUGGACCAACUCUUCUACCCCCACACCCCUCCUGGAGCUCACCUCACCCCUCUGAGACAGGAGAGAGGGGGGAAGGAGGGGUGAGAGGAGAGGGGUAGAGUGACUGGGUUGAGUCUCUGCCGGGACCAAUGGUGUCUGUAUGAACUGAACAGCACAGUGCUGGGGUCUUGAGACUCUCCUGAUCAGAGGAACAGCUGCCUGCACUGCUGUCCUCUCUUCUUCUAUACUACUGUUCCUUCUAAAGAUAUAUUUUUAGUCUCCCAACAUGUUUCCAUUAUAUUUGUCUUUCAUUGUGAUGUCUACUCAGUCUAAUGUAGAACAGUUUUAAUCUGGAAGCAUUGGAAUCAGUGUAAAUGUUUGAAAUCCAAUAUAUGAGAUUAUUUCCUAUUGUACGUUGAUGUGUGUGUACUUGUUUCUAAAGUGUAAAGUCACCGCACUUGGCCUAUUACCAGUUGAAACAGUGCUUUCAAAUUGUCAAAUAAAAGACUAACCGCGAGUUCUCAAUGAAAUGUCCAGCCAAAUGACCGGUGGGCAGAUCAAUAAAACAUAUUCUAUAUGGGUGAGAUGUCAGGUACAUUGUCAUACAUUCACUGUAAACAUGCUCGGGACAUUAGCAUCGCAUUUACUGUAAACCUAUUCUAGGGGCAGGGUAGCCUAGUGGUUAGAGUGUUGGACUAGUAACCUGAAGGUUGCGAGUUCAAACCCCUGAGCUGACAAGGUACAAAUCUGUUGUUUUGCCCCUGAACAGGCAGUUAACCCACUGUUCCUAGGCUGUCAUUGAAAAUAAGAAUUUGUUCUUAACUGACUUGCCUGGUUAAAUAAAGUUAAAAUUAAAAUGCAAAGGGCAUUAGCAUCAUAUAGCAUUAGCAUCAUAUAGCAUUAGCAUCAUAUACAGUAUAAGCCCAUGCAAGGGGCAUUAGCAUCAUAUAGCAUGCCAAGAGUGUGAAAAAAUAUAUUUUGAAUUAUUUAACACUUUUUUAGUUUAAACAUGAUUCCAUAUGUGUUAUUUCAUAGUUUUGAUGUCUCCACUUUAUUCCACGUAAUGUCGAAAAUAGUAAAAUAAAGAAAAACCAUUGAAGGAGUAGAUGUGUUCAAAUUGA